AUGGAGGAGUCAGAUGAGGACGGGGAGGACAACGAGGAGUUCCUGGAGCGGCUGAUGGUGCAGACGGGCCGGGAGAUGCCACAGCGGGAGCUGGAGGAGCACUACGCCGUGCUGGAGGAGCUGGGCAGCGGGACCUACGGCCGCGUGGUGCUGACAGAGCCCCGGGAUGGUGGCUCACCAGUGGUCCUCAAGCUGAUGCUGAAGGAGCAGACGGAGCGGCGGGCGUUCCUGCGGGAGUAUUGCAUCCCCCUGUGCCUCCCCAGCCACACCGCCUGCCUGCGCGCCCUGCCCAUCGCCUUCGAGAGCGCCACACACUUCGCCUUCGGGCAGGAGCUCGCUCCCGCUGGGGACCUGUGUGCCCUCCUCAACCCAGGGGAGGGCCUGGCGGAGGAGCUGGUGAAGCGCUGCGUGUCCCAGCUGGCCGAGGCGCUGGAUUUCAUGCACAGCCGUGCCCUGGUGCACCGGGACGUCAAGCUGGACAACGUGUUGCUCUUCGACCGUGAGUGUCGGCGGGUGAAGCUGGGCGACUUCGGGCUCACCCGUGUGCAGGGCUCAGCCGUGGGUGCCAUGUCCGGCACCCUGCCCUACUCCCCGCCAGAGCUCUGUGUGCUCCAGGGCUCCGACACGCUGGAGCUGGACUCCAGCCUGGAUGUCUGGGCCUUCGCUGUCCUGAUCUUCUGCCUCUGCACUGGCUGCUUCCCCGGGGCCGUGGCUGCCAGCUCCGACCCCCAGUUCGAGGACUUCAGCGCCUGGCAGGGCGGUACGGCAGGGCAGGGGGUGCCAGCGUCCUGGCAAGGCUUCGGCUCCGGGGCGCUGGAGAUGCUCCGGCGCUUGCUGACACUGGACCCCGACCGCCGGAGUCCGGCCAUCGAGGUGCAGAAAUACCUGUCCCUGCCCUGGCUCAUGGCUCCCAGUGCCGGGGAGCCAACACUGAGCAGCUCCCAGUCCCCCCUUGCUAGUGGCAUGAGGGAGAGCCCGGGGGGCACUGGGAUACGGGAUGCUGCUGGUGGGGGUGACGGGGUUCCCAUGCCCCCUGCUAACGCCCUUGCCCCAUGCUGGUAG